AUGAUUCCUGUCCUCCUGAUAAUGCUCACACAGCUGUUAUCUGUCCACAAAACAGAGAAGUCCCCUUGUUUCCCAAAAACCAGUCCCAGCCUUUCCAGAGAUGGGGACCUGGUGAUUGGGAGCUUCCUCCCCCUGUAUUCCAUUGAAGUCAGCAGUGUCAGAGGAGCAGAAAUGUUUCAGAGUCAGCCUGACAAGUGUUGUAGGGAUUACAACUACUAUUCAGAGUUGAUCCCAGUCAAUUACUGGAGGAAAAGAAUCAGCUAUGGACAUUUUGAUUCCAUCUUGAGUGACAAGGCCCAGUUUCCUUCUCUCUACCAGCUGGCCAACAGGGACUCUUCCCUGCACAGGGCUGUGGUCCAAUUAAUGGUAUAUUUUGAAUGGACAUGGGUAGGUCUGAUAACCACAGAUGAUAUGAGAGGGGAGGAAUUCCUUUGGGACUUAAGAGGGGACAUGGUCAAGAAUGGCAUCUGUUUGGCAUUCACUGAGAAGACCCCAGUCAGUGAAAGAAGAUAUGGAGAAUCUCAGAAUAUGUUCUUGUCACGUAUCAUAGAAACCUCUGUCAGAGUCAUCAUCAUUCAUGGUGACACAGACUCACUCAUGAUCUUUAGAUAUUCACAGCCUCUUCAUGUCUACACAUGGAAGGUCUGGAUCACCACAUCUCACUGGGACAUCACCAUGAGACCCUGUUUGAGGGAUGGGUACAAUUUCAAUGGAGCUCUUUCAUUUUCACACAUGACAAGUGAGAUCCCUGGUUUCAAGUCAUUUCUCAGGACAGUAAACCCUGCCAAAUACCCAGAGGAUAUUUUACUUAAGGAGUUUUGGUCUUCAGCUUUCAAGGGCGUAGAGAAAUUUGAAAACCAAGAGCAUGCAGAGUGUUCACCAAAUGCCUCUUUGGAAACUCUGCCUCUGUAUAUCUUUGAUAUGACCAUGUCUGGUCUGAGUUAUACCAUCUAUAAUGCUGUGUAUUCUGUGGCCUGGGCCCUCCAGGAAAUGCUCCUAGUGACAUCAGAUGAAGAACCAGUAAGAGAUGGAGAAAGCUGGGUGCUUCAGCCAUGGCAGCUCCACUCCUUUCUGAAGAACACCCAGUUUAACAACAGCGCUGGUCACCAAGUGUUUUUAGAAGAUAAAGGAAGUUCUGAGGCUCAAUAUGACAUUAUGAACUUUUUGUUCUUUCCUAAUGAAACUGAAACCCUGGUGAAAGUGGGGCAGUUUAUCUCCAAUGUUCCACAUGGCCAAGGUUUCACCAUUCAUAAGGAGGCCAUAAUAUGGAGCUUCAUGGAUUCAGAGUUUCCCCUUGCUGUGUGCACUAAUAGCUGUGGCCCUGGAUUCAGGAAAACCCCAAGAGAGGGAGAGCCUAUCUGUUGCUUUGACUGUUCUCCAUGCCCAGAGGGGGAGAUUUCCAAUCAAAUGAAUAUGAAGCUUUGUAAGAAGUGCCCAGAAGAUGAGUAUCCAAAUAAGGAGAGAAACUACUGCCUCCCCAAAGUCAUUGCUUUUCUGAAUAUCAAAGAACCUCUGGGAAUGACUCUAGCCUUUAUGGCUAUUUCCUUCUCUUUACUGACAGCUCUGAUUCUUGGGGUAUUCCUGAAGUUCCAGGACACACCCAUAGUCAAAGCCAACAACAGAGCCCUCAGCUACACUCUCCUCAUCUCCCUUACAUUCUGUUUCCUCUGCUCCUUGCUCUUCAUUGGCCGCCCCACUGCAGCCACCUGCCUCCUUCGACAAACUACAUUUGGGGUGGUUUUCACUGUAGCUGUUUCUUGCAUUUUAGCAAAAACCAUCACGGUCAUUCUGGCCUUCAAGGUUACAAUACCAGGGAGCAGGAAAAAGAUUUGGAUGCAACCUGGAGUGUCCAACUGUGUUGUACUUCUUUGUACUGGGAUCCAAGUGAUUCUUUGUGGCAUCUGGCUGGGAAUCUCACCCCCCUUUCCAGACACAAACACACAUUCCCAACCCAAUCAAAUCAUCAUUGAAUGUAAUGAGGGUUCUGUUCUUGGUUUAUACAGUGUCUUGGGCUACAUUGGCUUCCUAGCUUUAGGGAGCUUCACAGUAGCUUUCCUGGUCAGGCGCCUCCCUGAUACCUUCAAUGAAGCCAAGUUCAUCACCUUCAGCAUGCUGGUGUUCUGUAGUGUGUGGGUCUCCUUCCUGCCCACCUACCAAAGCACCAAGGGCAAAGCCAUGGUGGUCGUAGAGAUCUUUUCUAUCCUGGCAUCAAGUGCUGGCUUACUGGGCUGCAUCUUUAUUCCCAAAUGUUAUAUGAUCUUGCUAAGGUCAGAUGAGAACACUAAGAUACACAUAAGAAAUAAAUCUGCCACAAUAAUGGGAAGCAUUCAGGAACAUUGA